CAAUUUCGAGAAAUUUCAUUUUUUUGGAGCGAGCUAACAAUAUUUGAUUCCUUGAGUUGUUGGCCUCAAAACAGAAAUCGUUUUCUCAUUCUCUAAUGUUACAGGGAUCAAUAGAUAACUUAGAACUCUUGGUAGAGCUACCUAUAAAAGCUGCUGAGGACACCCAUUUCCGAGUGCGUUGGGCAGCUAUAAAUGCAAUUGAGGAGUUUUCCAAUGAUUUGAAACCUGAAUUUCAGCUUCAGUAUUAUCAACAAGUGCUUCCUGCUUUGUCAAAAGCUUUAAACCUUUCCAUGCAUCCCUGCAUUCAGGUACAAGCUGCAAGCUCGCUGUUUUACUUCAGUAAGCAUUGCACUUCAGAUCAACUGACACCUUACAUGGAUGAAAUUGUCCAUAACCUGCUAAGAUGUAUACAGAAAGGGAAUCAUCUACUGGAAGAGGAGGCUUUAACAGCAGCAGCAUCUCUUGCUUCAUCAGCAGAGGAUUGGUUUCAAGAGCAUUACCGAAAUGUUAUGCCUUAUUUGAGAGUUGUAAUGAUGAAAGCAGCAGCGGAAUCUGAUAGCAUACUCCUUCUUAAAUCUUUAGAGUGCAUCACUUUGGUUGGAGUUGCAAUUGGAAAGGAGAAGUUCAGUGACUAUAUUCAAAUGGUUGUACAAUUGCUUAUCUCCUUGCAAGAAUCUGAACUGAAGAUUGAAGAUCUAAUGAGAAAUCAAGUGUUACUAGUAUGUCAAUACUAUUAUUUCAAUUUCUUUUAAAACAGAGUUUCAUUCUUCCUUCUUUCCUAUAUUUCCAUAAACCUUGUAACAUGCAGUUGUGUUACAG